AACUCUUUCUCUGCAAGGAAGAAUAUUUAUAGUAUAUAUGAAGUCAAGUUUUCCUGAGUCCCAGAGCGAUCUGAUCGACCGAGUUGUGUCAUGCCGUACUACGCACCGUGUAUUGAGGCAUGAAGCGCAAGGCAUCACCCUCCAGUUUUUCCGGUGAUCCACCGCCGGCCGCAUCGCCCACAACCGUCGACUCGUUCUGCGACGAUGUCAUCGCGGAGUUCCUCGUGCGGCUGCCGUCAGUCCCGUCGCUGGCUCGCGCCGCCUGCGCUGUGAAGCGGUGGCGCCGGGUGGCCUCGUCCCCCGCCUUCCUCCGCCGCUUCCACGCCCUCCACCCCGGCCAAGCCCAACCUCUCCUCGGCCACUACUACUACACUGAAUGCUCUUCGCGGCCGGUGUUCCAACCAGCGCAGCCCACCUUCUCCGACCCCGAACUAUCCGCGGUCGUCCGACAUGGCGAUUUCUUCCUCACUCCCGUCACGUCCAUGGGCCGCCUUGAAGUUGAAGACUGCCACCAAGGCCGCCUCCUACUGAGGAAUUGCGACACCAACGAGAGCUCACCGUUUUCGACCCUGUAGCCCGCCGUGUCCUGGCGAAGCUCACCCCACCGCGGCAUGGCAACAAGCGGGCAUUUCAUCACAACUCCGGCAGCUUCUUGAUCCCUGGCCGCGUCGGCGAUCAGGCAGCGUCGUCGUCGUCGUUCCGUGUGGUCACCAUGCAGAGAUGUAGUACGACAGUAAUAUACGCCUCGGGAGGAGAUCAACGGCUGGACAUGGAGCGACUGGCUGUGUACGACUCCUCCACGGGUGCGUGGAGCGCUCGCCCGUGGACCAACACCAGCGACAUCGACAUGCCGCUGCCUCUCAAAGUGAAACGUUAUUCAGCCAUGCACGCGCCAGGUCGCAUCUGCUGGAAGAGGCUACGCGGCGGCUCUCCUAACAGUCUUGUCUCCCUGGACGCCGAAACCAUGGGGUUCCCCGAAGUCGUGCCUCCGCCCGGGGUCCUCCUGGGCCCGUCGUACGCCGUCGGCGACACCGACGACGGCUCCAUGUGCUUGGUCAACAUGGAGGAGAGAGGAACGAUGAGGCUGGUCAUGUUGUCUAAGAAAAAAUGGCACCUCAGAGUUUGGCUUCUUGGAAAGUCUGGAUGCGGCGGCCGCGCGUGGGUGCUGGACCAAGAACAGGAAACAUCGCUGACGACGUCGACCGAAGACGCUGCUGAUAUGCUAUGGGAUUAUGAUCGAGCGUGCCGCGUUGUCGCCGUAAACGCCGGCGUCGUGCUGAUGUGCCUCCACUCGCCACGACGCCUGAACGACCGCUACAUUGCCUUUCGUCUCAGCAACUUAGAGGUUGUUGCGAGUUUUAGUGCGAGUGAGCCUGUGUUUCAGUACCAGAUGCCAUGGCCUCCGGUUUUGUUGCCCACGGCUUAGCAAUGAGUGUUAUGUUGCUUCUGAGUCCACUUGGUUUUUGUGACCUCUGUUCUAAUUAAGAAGAACGUGUUUCAACACUUAAGUUUUUUAUUCCUUUAACUU